GAGCUUCUGCUUCUCCAAAUCAUCUCCCCUGAGCAACUACAGAGCAAGAAGCUUUCUGCCUAGGCUGCCUACAUUGCCUCUCAACCUUAUCGCUGCCUGUGUUCCCGAACACGAGGGCGUCGCCUGCUGGUUUGAAGUCUUCACGCUGGCAAUGGCUAUCAGCGGCCGAGCAGCCGCGUGCGCCGCGCUUGUCUUCCCGAGCACCGCGACCACCAGCACCCCGCUGCCCUCCACGGUCUCCGUGAACCCGAGAGCCCGGCAUCGGACGAUGGCGACUCCGGCGGGUGUUGCCGCGGUGCCGCACGCGAGCGGCGCUGGCGGCGCGGUGCUGGAGCGGCCGGCGUUUGACCAGUCCCAGCUCGACGCGCUCCCCGUUGCGGAGGAAGGAGGGGACCCCGGGAGGCUCAAGGUCGGGAGGCGCUCCGGGAGCGGCGACAGCUACAAGGUCUUGCUCGUCGACGACGCGCGCCACACCGAGCAGCACGUGGAGAAGGCCUUGCCGCAGGUGGUGCCAUCCAUUACCGCCGAAGCCGCGCGGCAGCUCUUCCACGAGUCCCGCCUGAAAGGCGUCGCGGUUGUCAUCGUCGCCGUCAAGGAGCACGCCGAGUUCUACGCGCAGAUGAUGGUUCGUCAGGGACUCCGCUCUGCCAUCGAGCCAGAAUCGGACCUGGCGAGCUGAGCGCCCGUCGUCUGCUGUAGUAGCUUCCGUUGCUGUAGCCAGUAGUACUUGGAAGGAAGAAACAGUCGUACAUCUGGAGUAGGGACGGAAGGAGUAGUUCGCUCUCUGUUUUUUGUCAGCCAGUUUCAGACAUCCAAAGUUCUGCAGAUUUUGUUACUUAAUGUUGCAGCAUUGAGGAUGGUGUACCUUAAACAGACCGUUAUUAGUUGCAUCUAUACACAUUUUAUGGGCUAUUUGGUUA